AUGUUGUCAAAGCAAGAUCAGUAUCAGGAGCAGCUAUCAGAGGAAGAUAAUGACGGGAUUCCCGUUGACACCAAGGAUCCACAGCUGCGGAGGCUGCAAGAGUUCAUGGACAGUCCAUUGAUGCUCUGUUGCACAGCAGUUUUCACUUUCUUUUGCUUGUUCGGCGAGGACAUCAGGGUAUGCUUCUUUGGCAAGCCCGCCGACAGCUUCUUCUACGUUCUCUUCCUCGUUUGUCUCCUCUACUUCGUAUUUGAAUUCAUACUCUUCUCGAUCAUUCAAGAUGGCUACCGCUGGGGCUUCUUCUUUUGGCUCGACCUCGCCGCCACCAUCAGCCUCAUUCUCGAUAUCAAGUGGAUAUCCAGCGCUCUCAGCAGCUGGAGUCUUGACUGGAUGGACGGCUACGACACCCACAGCUCUAUCCUAGAUUCCAACACAACUGGCGUGAUUGGCAUGGUUCGUCUGAUCCGUCUUAUUCGGCUAAUGAAGCUGUACAAGAUGACAACCGCGCGCAGCGAGACCGACCAAGAAGACAGACUGAAAGAAGAAGCAAGAACUGCUCUGAACGCCAAACAGGCGGCGCUGAAGCGCGUGGAAGCCAGUCGCCUGGGGAAGCAACUCUCAGACAUGAUCACGAGGAUAGUUAUCCUGGGCAUUCUCCUCGUGCUCAUUUUCCUGCCGCUGAUCAAAACGUCGAUUGUAAUUGACAACUCCAGAUGGCUUGGCCUCAGAAACCUGUACUGGGUCGGCGAAGACGUCUGCGGUCGCGGCCCAGACAACGCGAAGCUCCCGUGUCUCGUUGCAGAGAAUGGAGUCAUCGCCUGGAAGUGGCAAAUUCUCCAGUACGCAGGCGUCUCGAAGGCGAAGCCAGAGUCAAAACUGCUGUGGCUCUACGUGCCGAGCUACCCUGACGGCGGGAAGCUGCGAGACAUCGAGAGCGUGUCGUUGGAAGUCGACGGGCAAGUGCUGACGUGGAAGCAGACGAUUGAGUGCGCCGGUAUCUAUAACCCGAACUGCCCUUGGAGAGACGAUGAACAAGACCUGGUCACCUACGAGGAGCGUGAUACACGCGCGUACGCCAAGUUCCUCAAGCGACAGGAGAGACAGGAAGAGGCAAUCCUCAACAUGUUUCUGACUCUCUUCGUGAUCGUUGUUCUCUGCGUCUUGAUCUUUGUGUUCGCCCGCGACACGCAGCGCCUCGUCGUAGCUCCAAUCGAGAAAAUGGUGAAUAUCGUGAAGCAACUAGCAGACGACCCCCUUCGGCAACCAAGUAUCGAGGCGCGGGAGGAGGAAAACCUGGAGAAACAAAAAGCUGCAAAUCAGCUCGAGACCUCAAUGCUGGAGACAACUAUCUUGAAGAUUGGAGGACUCCUGCAAGUGGGAUUCGGCGAGGCUGGCGCAAGCAUCAUUGGACGAAAUAUGAGGAGCGGCGACGGCGACCUCAACAUUAUGAUACCGGGCGAGAAAGUCCAGGCCAUCUUUGGUUUCUGCGACAUCCGCUCCUUCACAGAGAUCACCGAAUGCCUCCAGGAAGACGUGAUGGUCUUCAUCAAUACAGUUGGGGGCAUCGUGCACAACUGCUGUCACCUGUGGAACGGCGCCGCCAAUCAGAAUGUCGGAGACGCCUUCCUGUUCACGUGGAAGCUUGGCGCCGCGUUCGAGGUCGACCGCAUUAAGGACAACCAUGAGGCCGUGGAGUCCGGAGAAAUGGCGAACAAGGCGCUCGUCGCCUUUGUGAAGACAAUCAUAGAAAUGCGGCGAGACUCCGACCUGAUCGCCUUUGAGCGCGAUCCACGGAUGUCGUCGAGAUUCGGAGUCGGCUACCGCCUCAAGCUUGGCUACGGACUUCACGUGGGCUGGGCGAUCGAGGGCGCCAUUGGAUCUGACUUCAAGAUCGACGCCUCCUACUUAUCUCCACAUGUCACUCUCACUCAAAGAAUACAGGAAGCAACCAAGGUGUAUCAGACGCCGAUCCUGCUGUCCGAAUCUCUCUACUUCAUGUUGUCAGUCAAGUCCAAAAGCCGCAUUCGGAAAGUGGAUGUUGUAAAAUCAGACGAGAAACAAAUGCAGCACAUCGGCCUCUACUGCUUUGACAUCAACGACCAGAUCCCCCGGGCGCCGGCAGAUCCACAGAGAGUCCUCGGAGAUGUGGUCAAGCCUGAUGAUGUUCUGGAGAUACCGACGGAGCAUUUGCGUGGACCCGGGGUGGAGUAUAUGUUCGUUGUGGAUGCGGAUAUCAUUACGCUCCAAGAGGGGUUCUCUGACCAGCUCUACGCUGAGUACAGAGCCGCCUUCUGCAAAUACGUCGAGGGGGAGUGGGGCGAAGCGUCGGAAGGAUUCAAAAGGUGCCUUGAGAUUCUACCUGGAGAUGGACCCUCUACUGCGUUGCUCGACUUCAUGAAGACGACGGAUUUCAAAGCCCCCGAAAACUGGAAAGGCUAUCGGGUUCUGUCAAUACUCAAGAAGUGCUGA